GAAGGGCAGGGCUCUCUGACAGUCUGCAGACCCACGUGCCCCCUUAGAAGCAGGUGGGCGGCCUCUGCGGCCUCCCUCAGCAGGGCUCAGAGCACUUGAGUUAAGCCUGUGGACAGCGCGGUAAAAGAACAUCAAUCCAGAUGUUCUGUGCUGAUGCGCGAUCUCUGGAGGAUAACCACCCGCCCGCCCGCAGUCCGGGGCCUCUCGGACCCCUGCCCAGCGCUGGCCCUAGCCCGCCCUGUAGCGGCCGAGACCUCAGAGGCCGGGGGUGAGGGAGGGAAGGGGCGGGGCCGGCGCCUCAUUAACAUAAUCUAUGCGAGGGGGCGUUUGGCAGUCAAAUAUAUGCGCAUAUAUCUCCAUGGCUGAUGAGCUGGCCGGGCACUUUCAAAAUGGCGGAGUGUGGAGCGAGCGGCAGCGGGAGCAGCGGGGACAGUCUGGACAAGAGCAUCACGCUGCCCCCCGACGAGAUCUUCCGCAACCUGGAGAACGCCAAGCGCUUCGCCAUCGACAUAGGCGGGUCGUUGACCAAGCUGGCCUACUAUUCAACGGUACAGCACAAAGUCGCCAAGGUGCGGUCUUUCGACCACUCCGGAAAGGACACAGAACGUGAUCAUGAGCCGCCCUACGAGAUUUCAGUUCAAGAAGAGAUCACUGCUCGACUGCACUUCAUUAAGUUUGAGAAUACCUACAUCGAAGCCUGCCUGGACUUCAUUAAAGACCAUCUCGUCAACACAGAGACCAAGGUCAUCCAGGCGACCGGGGGCGGGGCCUACAAGUUCAAGGACCUCAUCGAAGAGAAGCUGCGGCUGAAAGUCGACAAGGAGGACGUGAUGACGUGCCUCAUUAAGGGGUGCAACUUCGUGCUCAAGAACAUCCCCCAUGAGGCGUUCGUGUACCAGAAGGAUUCCGACCCUGAGUUCCGGUUCCAGACCAACCACCCCCACAUUUUCCCCUAUCUUCUUGUCAAUAUCGGCUCUGGAGUCUCCAUCGUGAAGGUGGAGACGGAGGACAGGUUCGAGUGGGUCGGUGGCAGCUCCAUUGGAGGCGGCACCUUCUGGGGGCUCGGCGCUCUGCUCACCAAAACGAAGAAGUUUGACGAGCUCCUGCACCUGGCCUCGAGGGGCCAGCACAGCAAUGUGGACAUGCUGGUGCGGGACGUCUACGGCGGCGCCCACCAGACGCUCGGGCUGAGCGGGAACCUCAUCGCCAGCAGCUUCGGGAAGUCGGCCACCGCCGACCAAGAGUUUUCCAAAGAAGACAUGGCCAAGAGCCUGCUGCACAUGAUCAGCAAUGACAUUGGGCAGCUGGCCUGCCUCCACGCGCGGCUGCACAGCCUGGACCGCGUGUACUUUGGAGGCUUCUUUAUCCGGGGCCACCCCGUGACCAUGCGCACCAUCACCUAUAGCAUCAACUUCUUCUCCAAGGGAGAAGUGCAGGCGCUGUUUCUGAGGCACGAAGGCUACCUGGGAGCCAUCGGAGCGUUCCUGAAAGGAGCCGAGCAGGACAAUCCUAACCAGUACAGCUGGGGAGAGAACUAUGCAGGCAGCUCCGGGCUGAUGAGCACAUCACCCGAGCUCGGCCCGGCGCAGCGGGCGCGGAGUGGCACCUUUGACUUGCUGGAAAUGGACCGGCUGGAGAGGCCACUGGUUAACCUGCCGCUCCUCCUGGACCCGCCCUCCUACGUGCCCGACACGGUGGACCUCACUGAUGAUGCUCUGGCCCGAAAAUACUGGCUCACCUGCUUUGAGGAGGCCCUGGAUGGGGUAGUGAAGCGCGCAGUGGCGAGCCAGCCAGACUCUGUGGAUGCAGCCGAGAGGGCGGAGAAGUUCCGGCAGAAGUACUGGAACAAGCUUCAGACCCUGAGGCAGCAGCCCUUCGCCUAUGGGACCCUGACUGUGCGCAGCCUGCUGGACACCAGGGAGCACUGUCUGAACGAGUUCAACUUCCCGGAUCCCUACUCCAAAGUGAAGCAGCGGGAGAACGGCGUGGCGCUGAGGUGCUUCCCCGGGGUCGUGCGCUCCCUGGACGCUCUGGGCUGGGAGGAGCGGCAGCUGGCGCUGGUGAAAGGCCUCCUGGCGGGAAACGUCUUCGACUGGGGGGCCAAAGCCGUGUCUGAUGUCCUUGAAUCCGACCCCUGCUUUGGGUUUGAAGAAGCAAAGAGGAAGUUACAAGAUAACAGUGGAAUAGACAUCAUUUUGGGAGUCUUCCCCUUUGUCAGGGAGCUACUCCUUAGAGGGACAGAGGUCAUCCUGGCGUGCAACUCAGGCCCCGCCCUGAACGACGUGACCCACAGCGAGUCCCUCAUCGUGGCAGAGCGCAUUGCAGGCAUGGACCCUGUCGUGCACUCCGCGCUCCGGGAAGAGAGGCUGCUGCUGGUGCAGACGGGCUCCAGCUCCCCAUGCCUCGACCUCAGCCGCCUGGAUAAGGGGCUGGCCGCACUGGUGCGGGAGCGUGGCGCGGACCUGGUGGUCAUCGAGGGCAUGGGCCGUGCCGUCCACACCAACUACCAUGCGGCCCUGCGCUGCGAGAGUCUCAAGCUGGCCGUCAUCAAGAACGCGUGGCUGGCCGAGCGGCUGGGCGGCCGGCUCUUCAGCGUCAUCUUCAAGUACGAGGUCCCGGCCGAGUGAGGCACUGCGGCUGCCGGACUGUUCCGCUUGUCACUUGUCAGGAAUGUGUUUUUACCACCACAGGGAAACUGCGUUCAAAUCGACAUAUUUAUAUUGUGCUACCGUGACACGGCACAUACGCCCCAGCCCGCACAGAUGCGUGUGGUCGAGAGGCAAGACGCAGCUUUGUCCUGGGGGACAUUCGUAUAGGAAUCUAUUUAACUGCUAAAGAACCUUUUAUAUAUAUAUAUAUAAAUAGAGAGAUCUAUACAGGUAUGCCUGACAGGACGCAGCGCCGUGGGCACGCACCAAAUAGAGUUUUUAAAAGAG